AUGAUGCGCGUACUCGAGGCCCAGGCGCCUCCCAAGCAGACGGCUACGGAUACAAUCAGCACCCUGAGUAGUCGACUAGCGAGUGCAACUCUGCUGGAAGACCGUCGUGCUGCCAUACUCGGACUCCGCAGCUUUGCCAAAGAGUAUCCCGCCUCAGUUGCAUCCGGCGCUCUCCGUGGGCUCAUCUCUGCCCUGACCCAGGAUGGAGAGGACCUCGAUACGCUCAAAGUGGUCUUGGAGACGCUUUUGAUGCUGUUCCACCCAGAUGAGCAAAGUCGACAAGAUAACAUAACCAUCCUUCUCGACCUCCUCGACACCCCCGACUUCUACUCGCGCCUCUACUCCCUACAGAUCAUACGAGCCGUAGCACUCGCCCGACCUGAACGGACCCAAGAAUGCAUCCUCACGGCUCCCUUAGGGACUUCACGAUUGGUCGCGACACUAGACGAUCCCCGAGACGCUGUUCGCAACGAAGGUCUUGUCCUCCUUACUGACCUCGCUCGAUCCUCACCUGAGCUUCAGAAGCUCUUCGUAUUUGAAGAUGCUUUCACCAAGGUCUUCAACAUGGUACAUACAGAUGGAGGGCUCUUGCAAGGAGGUAUCGUCGUGCAAGACUGCCUAAGUCUGCUCGCUAGCCUAAUCAGAUACAACGCUUCGAACCAGACAAACAUCCGCGAGAUGGGCCACAUUGCCAGGUUCAAUUCUUUGCUGCCUGGCGCAAAGAAGCAAAAGAAAGCGCGCGUCAGCCCCGAGGAAGACGACAACUGGACCAGUCCACAGAGUGAUAAGAACAUAUGGGGUCUCCUUGCAAUCAUGCGCAUGUUCCUCGUCAAAGGCAGUGCCGGUACCCCACAGAACCAGAUCGCCUUCCAGAAACACGGACUGUUGCGACAGCUCCUAAACAUCGCCUUCGAACCCACGACUGUCAUGCCCAUCAAGAUCGAAGCUUUGAACACCUGUGCCGACAUGAUUCGGGGAAACCCACGGUUGCAGGAGGGGUUCGCGCAAGAACAAGUACGUCCUUUUGUAGAGUCUGCAACGAACGGAGCGUCUACACCAAAUGGCCAUCCAUCUGUAUAUGUUAUUGAAGCGCUCCUGAACCUGGUACUUACACCCGCGCCUAACGAGCUGUUUGAUUUACGCAAUGCAGCUUGCGAGUGCGUCAGAUCCUACUUCUACAAUCACAUGCAGAUUCGCGAGCAUUUCCUCAAUCGAGCAAUUGGUGGCCAUGAGGGUGGAGAUGAGACAGCAAAUGCGUUGACGAUUUUGAUGGCAGGACCGCAAGCCUCGCCAGCCUCCGAUCCUUACAGAAUCUGGUUCGCAUCGACUCUCAUCUACCAUCUCAUUGUUGGCGACCUUCGAGCGAAAGAUACGCUCAUGCAGGUCAAAGAGGGUGACGCGGACAGUGGUGAAGAAGUUAUUACAUGCAUACAAACGCUUACGGCCAACCUGAUAGCCAGUCUACAACUCGGUGAAGAUGAGCGCAUCUCGAUAGCAUAUCUCAUGCUCCUCCUGGAAUGGCUAUAUGAAGAUGCUGCGGCAGUAGAUGAUUUCCUUGGCGAGGCUAGUAGCUUACAAAGCUUAGUACAAGCUACUUUGACUCCUGGUGACGAUCGAGUCAUCAUUCGGGGUCUCUGUGCAUCUUUGCUAGGUGUGGUGUACGAAUUUUCAACAAGAGAUUCGCCAGUACCGCGACGAGAGCUUCAGCCAGUUCUGACUUCGAAGCUUGGUCGUGAAAAGUACCUUGAAGCGAUAUCCGAACUACGGCAACAUCCCCUUGUUCGCGACUUUGAAGUUUUGCCACGCACUGGCGGCGGAAGCGGCAGUCUACCGGACGUAUUUUUCGACGAAAUGUUCAUAGACUUCCUCAAGGACAACUUCAGCCGGCUCACUCGUGCUGUCGACCGCAAUCCCAACAUUGAGCAGCAUCAGUCACAUGAUGGUGUAGAUCGCGACGUGGUGGACGCACUGCGCGACGAGAGAGACGAGAAGGAGCAGUCCAUCCAAGAGUUGAAGACACAGCUCAUGACUCUGGAGCAAAGGCUUGAUCAAGAAUCUGCGGACCACCGAAAGACGCAGCAAUCAGCUGAUGAGCAGCGCAACACUUUGAAAAAAAUCAACGACAAGCUCCACGAUGACUUGGACAAAGAAAUUGCGAGCAGGGAGCGGGAACACAAGCAAGCGACUCUUGAACUUGAAAACAAGUACAACCUCCAGAUUGUCGCUCUCAAUAAUAAGCUGCAGCAGGCUAGCAAGGAGUCCACGCUCGCCGUCUCAAGAACAAAACAAGAGUACGAAGAGAAGCUUCACGAGUCUAACAAAGUCCGCUCAGAUAUCGAGCGUCGACUUGAGAUAUCGGAUAAAGCGAGACAAGAGGCUCUUGGUACGAUACGUAGCCUCGAGCAAACACAGCACCAAACCCGUAAGGAGAUUGCAACGAUUACCGAGACUUUGCACAAUUUAGAGAAGCAUGUUCAAGACAGCGAAACACAGGUCAAAGGUCUCAAGGAAGACAAAGAAGGCCUGCAAUCCGCAAUCGAAACGCUCAAGGCAGAGAACCAAGAGCUCAAAACCAAGGUCCAAGAUCAGACGUGGAAGGUAAAGGAUGCAGAGGAUAAACUGCGCAAAGCUGAGUCAAGCACGAAAGGCGCCAAAGACGGCAAAGACAAGGAGCUCAAAACGUUGCAAGAGAAGUUGCGCGCCGCUGAGAAGAGCACAGAAGAGAAGCAGACGGAGCUUGAUGAUCUUUUUGUAAUCCUUGGUGACUUGGAAGAGAAGAGGAGCAAGGAUAAGAAACGUCUUAAGGAGCUCGGAGAGGAGGUAUCGGAUGGCGACGACGACGACGACGAUGAUGAUGAUGAUGAUGAUGAAGAGGGCGAAGAUGAGGACGAAGAUGAAGAAUAA